AAUACUUUCCACAAGUACUAAGAAAUUAACAAAUUCAUGUACUAAUCGCUUAUACUCGAACGCGCACCAAGCGGUAACCGCAUGCCGUAGCGUUCACUAAAAUUUCCUUUUUGUUAUAAAUUUUAUUUAUCAAUAAAACAAAUAUCAAAUCUUUCUUUUUAAUUACAAGAGAUAUUUUUACCCAAAAAAAAAGAAAUAUUGCAAAAUCAAUUUCCUUGUUGGGAUUUGCUUUGGUCCUAUAUAAAUUAUAAAUGCAAACACGGUUAGCAACUUAAAAAGAUCAUAACACAACCCUAAUUAAUUAUCCUGUAAUGGACGGCUUACCUGGACAUCUCCUAAACGAGGUUCUCUUCAAGACAGAUCUCAGAGCUCUGGCUAUGUUGUGUUGCACAAAUACAUCACUCCAGUCCCAUAUACACGAGCCUUCUUUUGUAUCUGGAUACCGUUCUCAGAUCAGAUCCAGUUUGCUUUAUAUCUCCUCUUAUGGCUCAACUUAUCUAUGCUGCCACCACCCUCACGGCGGUUCUAGGUCACUCACAAUCAUAGAUGCAUGUCAUAUUUUGGGAUAUUGCUCAGGCCUUCUUCUACUUUUCAUUAAUGAUCGUCUAUGCGUGGCCAACCCCCUUACCAAGAAGUUUCGGUUCUUGACUUCGUUUGAUCCUUGUCCUCGAAGAUUUGUUUGUCAAGACAGUAGAAACCAACUAGGGCUCGCGGUUAAUCAGAUUGAUCGAACCACACAGAAUUUCAAAGUUGUGUUCAUAUUCGAGUUGGCAAAAACCGAUGUAACUAGGUAUGGUUUCGAUAUUCACGCUAAAGACUCAUGGACAUGUUCAAAAACGACAAUUACUUGCCACACAAGCAAUCUUGAUGACCGUAUGAAGAACUCUGUUUACAUGAACGGGUCUCUUCACUGGCUAAGAAACGACGGAAGCAUCAUAGCUUUCAACCCCGAAACAGAGCAAGCACGGCUGAUCCAGACUGACUUCCCCCGGGGAUUGACUUCGAGAACGCUCUUUGCACCCGGAGUUCAUAGCUUGACUUUGGUAUCAGCCAAUGAGGAAGUCAUUUACUUUUAUGCACUCAAGAACAUUCUCAGUGAUCCCAAGUGGGUCCUCGAGAAGCAGAUCCAGAACGGAGUGAUUGACAAAAAUGUAGUUACUUGGUACGUAGAAGCUUACAACGGAAAGUGUUUAGUGUUACGAACUUGUUAUGAUGGAGUAAUUCAUGUGUACGACUUGAGUGCUAGCAAGUGGGCAGUCAUGGGUUCGGUUCCAAUUUGGUACGAUGCAAAUCUAAAUUUUUUUCUGUUCACACCUUCACCUUAUUCUGUGGUAGGACUUGAUGAUAUAUUGGCUUGUGGUGAUAGACGCAUCUCCUCUCUAAGAUCGAUUAUUACACUGGUUGAUAGAAGCUCACCAGAAAAUCAACUUAAAGAAAAUGUCGGUUGAAGAGAAGAAGAAGAAGAGGUGAAAUUACAUCUGGGAAUGUUAUUUGAAUGAGCAAAAUACCAACAACAAAAGAAGAGUGGUGUAGACACAUUCGUAUUUUGUGAGGAACAUGCGUCUUUUGGUGAUUUGGUUAAUGGAACAUGGUACUGUUUUAUGUUUUCUUCUCUCUUUUCUUUCACUAUAUAUGUGAUUUUGUUUUGUGUAGUUGUUUAAAAUUUGAAAGUUUUUAUUUCACUAGUUUUUGAAUCAUUCAACCAACCAAAAACUCCAGCAUAAUGAUAGCCGACGGUUGUUCAAUUUUUCAACACAUAAAGUGGUCUAAAUCGUAUUUUCAUAAUCUGUGUUUCUCUUGCCAUGGCAAUGUAUAAUUCUUUUUAACAUUAAUAAACUGUGAUCUGCCAUUUGGUUGAUCCCACAAAUAUAAUUAUAAUCUGUCAUGUAAUUCAAAUCAAACAUGAUAAACUCUGAAUAGGCAACAAAAGAAAACAUACAUGUGCAAAAAUAGUUGAAACAUUUUUCGGAAAUAAACUCUAAUCUUUGAUAUCUUUCGUUCAUCGUCUUCCAAGCAGUUCCAUCUCUUCAAUGAUUUGCAGGAAUACCCUUCAAGUGAACCAUGUUGAUAACCAGAGGAGUCAAAGUCAAGCUUCAUCAUUCUGAGAAUUUGGACGCAUCGAAUUGCUUUGGGAGAGACGGUGUAGUGUCGUUUGUUGCUUGCCACAUGUGCAGUUCGUGUGGGUAUGCGAAUGAGUGUUUCAAAUUC